AUGGACAAUACCCUUCAGGCCAUGUGCGCCUUCGUACCUACCACUCCAUUCAACGACCCCGAGUUCAAGAAAUCCACCCACAAAACCUUUGCAGACUGCUACCAGAUGCGAGGUUUUGUCGGAGGACUGUGGGGAUACGUGCUUGACGGCAAUGACACCAAUGGCGUUGAGCUCAGUAAUUCCGAGACCUCGCAAUCCCAGCCAGAUGACCCUCUCACCGCGACGCCGGAUCUGCUGAAGGACGAGGAACGUCGGCUGGCGUUGUAUUGUCUGGGUUGGGAGAGCAUAGAGCUUCACCAAGCGGCGACCAAAACGCCCUUGUUCGCUGAGGAGAUCGACAAGCUCGCCCCGUACUUUGGCCCAGGCACGGGCGCCUUCUAUGUCAGUUUCACCAAACACGAAUGA